AUGAUACGAACUGUAAUAUUGCAAAGACCACGCGGGCUGGCCUCGCGGUGGCGUAUUAAGCGCUUGAACCUUCGGGAGAUGUUGUUAUUGAGAAGUUUCAUCGUACCGAGAAAAACUCCAGUACAAACCUAUUUCGCAUCCCACUCGCUUUCAGCCUUUCCGUAUCUAUUGCUUAACCUAAAUAUGUUCACCGCGCGCUUCUGUUCAAUAUCAAGGGAAAGAGCGCAACGAGGUCACAGCUGGAUCUCACAUUUUCACCGUAUUUUGAGCAAAAGAGUUUUUAAGGGUGUUUGUGGUCUUCAACGCUAGGAGUUUUAGUAAAACCUUAGCCCCGAGGAGACAAGCCAAAGUAACGACGUUAAUACAACAGCAC